AUGGAUCUCACACAAAUGCAAGGUUGCAUUGCGCUUGGGAUUAACCUCAACGCCACCGUGGAGUUUGUUAUUCAGCACUACAGAAGCCGCCAUUACAGAGCAGAACACUUGAUCACUAUUGACAAGGAGAUACUGCGGUUGAGAGCACGGGGGCUCACGGAUGAAGACGAUGUGGUUCAGUGGAGAGGAUCAGGCGAUGUGUUUCGACCUUGUUUUGAUACACACCAAACUUGGAACUCUACUCGAGUGCAUCAGUCGAAGGUUCAGUGGUAUAAGGGUCUCUGGUUUGCCGGAUCAACCCCAAAGUACUCUGUUAUGUCUUGGAUUGCAGUACACAAUCGUCUGGCAACAGGAGAUAGGCUGCUGCAGUGGAACUCUCAAGCUAAUGCUCAGUGUAUUCUCUGCAAUGCUGCGGUUGAAUCAAGAAACCACCUGUUUUUUAGCUGCUCCUUCACGGAGACUAUUUGGAGGAACCUCACAAGGAAGCUUCUGGGACAGCACUACUCCCACAUAUGGGAUCAAGUUGUUGAUCUUAUCUCGACGCACACUGUCUCAGGGAUAUCAAGGUUCCUGCUAAGAUAUGUGUUUCAAGUUUCUGUCCACACUAUUUGGCUUGAGAGAAAUGGUAGAAGACACGACACGGUACAGAGACCUCCGAGCCUUCUUAUCAAGUUCAUCGACAAGCAGAUAAGAAACCGCAUAAGUUCACUCCAGGGACGACCCGGGACAGCUUUCAACAAAGCGAUGGCAGAUUGGUUUUCAUCUAGAGACUAG